CAUUAAAUAUUGUUUGUUUUGAUAAGACUAAUAAGGCUAAUAAACACAUCAGUUCAUGCAUGAUCUCUUAUAAUGUCUACAAGUGCACGAGUGAAGGUCACACACUUACAUUUCUUACCAUAUAUAUAUAUACAUAUAUAUAUAUAUAUUUAUAACUAUGUAUUACUGUAUAUCAUUUUAUAUUAUUUAUAUUGCAUCUAUAGAUCUAUAAACGUAAUUAUUCAGUAGGAUAAAAGAGAAAGUGUGUUAUUGAAGGGAGACGCAGAGUGAAAACAAAUGACAUCAUACCUCUCAGCUUCCUUAUAUAGCUGAUGAUCAUUUAACACUGAACAGCCUUGCUACUGUGUGAGUAAUAAAAGGAGGCUGUUUUAUUAAUUAUUUCCCCAGUCAUAAAUGAAAUCCUAGUGAAAUGAUGAUAGAAUGUAAAGCUCUUGACAUUUAGGCUGCCUUUUCAUUUCCAGCUGGAAUAUUCUACAGGGAUGCUUUUAGUGUCCGUCUUUUAUUUUUAGUCCAUCAUCCCUUCACUUAUUAUUUAUUAGGCCUAGCAGAUGCUCUUUGACGCAUAAGGACGAAGGGGGCCAUCAUGGAUGGAUGGAUGGGUUUCUAAAACAACCGUGCUGUUUAUUCAGCAUCGGGACCACCCAUUAGUAGCCUGUAGCAGUCAGAAAUGACAGUCAGAGUUGUGUUUUUGGUGUUAAACAUCAAUAUGUGUAUAUUUGUGAGGUUGUCUAGGACACUACAGGGCCGAAAAACUAAGUGCCCAAAGCCUACAGGUACAUUUUGUUCUUCAAGCUACAAACAAUGCAUAUGUAACCUCAGAAGUGGAACAGUCCAGGUGCUGUUAUGUUUGAAAUCAAAUUCACUUUCAUACUAAAAGGAUAUAAGUAUGUACCGUUCAAAGCCAAGUGUUUAUUCCUUGAAUGUAUGCUUUUUCUUUGAAAGUGUAUGCAAUGUUUACCCCUGUUGACUUUUGUACUAUUUCUAGCAUAGUAAUUAGGUGAGCAUUCAUGUUUUUAGUUGGAGAUCAAUAAAAUAUCUAUCUAUCUACAGUAUCUAUCUGUCUAUCAAAAAUUAAUGGUAUUGUGCAGGAAUAUUGAGUUCCUCGAGAUACAAUCAAUGUAAUUGUACCCUCAGUGCUAUAAAUGGACUCCUUAAGGUCUGUCUAUCUGUCUGUCUGCUUUCCAGCCAUUUCAAUACUUUUCCAGUUUUAUUUUCCAAGCUUUCAACAUUUUCUUUGCCGCGUUAUUUUCUUUGUCUUUUUCAUGAAAAUGGAAGGUCAUGAAAAUGGAAACCAGACAACGUGGUAUACAUUAGGGAAGUCGAUUGUGUGUAGAACAAUAAGGGAAUACCUUUAAAAAAAAAACAUUUAAAACCUUUGUGUCUACAUUACCUUGACGACAGAUUACCCACAUUUGUCCAAAAUCAUUUUAAUCCCAUUGUUUUUCCCAGAUUUGGAUAUUAGCAUGUUUAAAUUCCAUACUUUUCUUAAAUACAUACAUUCCCACCCACGCCGUUCAGUGUCAAUCCUAUAUCUAUAUUGCGAUUUAAUAUAAACGCCACCUUGCACCUUGUUUUUAUUUACACAUCCGGGUUCUCGUUGCCUGCACGGCCCCGCCCCCUCGCUUGUUACUGCACGCCUUGAGUGUCGAUCAUUUAACGGUCCCGCCUCCCGGUGACGUCCUGGACACAGAGCAGCUAGUCUAUCACAAACACAAAGGAGAGCAACAAAGCAGGGACAUGAACACAGCAGUUGACACACAACACUGCUCAGGAUUCAACAAAACUGAGACCAGACAAUCACACAACAGCAAGCAGUGUGCUGUGGGGAAAAAUACAUCAACAAAUCAACAGUUUAGUGUUUAUGUCAGAGCUUUGCGCUGAGGAAGAAGAUCCUGUUCAGGUGGUUGUUUUUUCUCCCGUGGUGUUUGUGUGGAGCGUGCCACACACCCACUCCACAACAACGACGGCUUUUGCUUGCAUCUUCCAGUGUUUCUUCUGUCAGCAAGUUCAGCAGAGCUGCAACUCAUCCAGCGCCAGCGCAGACGAGCCCAGCGAGGAGAACCACGACUGUGAGAUGGUGAAGAUGACCAAGUCGAAAACCUUCCAGGCUUACCUGCCCAACUGCCACCGCACCUACAGCUGCAUCCACUGCCGAGCACACCUGGCCAACCAUGAUGAGCUCAUCUCAAAGUCAUUCCAAGGCAGCCAAGGACGAGCCUACCUCUUCAAUUCAGUGGUGAACGUGGGCUGCGGUCCAGCAGAGGAGAGGGUUCUCCUGACAGGUUUACACGCCGUGGCAGAUAUCUACUGUGAAAAUUGCAAAACCACUCUGGGCUGGAAAUACGAGCAUGCUUUCGAGAGCAGUCAGAAAUACAAAGAGGGAAAAUUCAUCAUCGAGCUGGCGCACAUGAUUAAGGACAACGGCUGGGAGUGACUGCCUGGUCCAUUUUCUUUCUGCUCAGUGACCUUUCCGGCCGCUCUGUAGCGGACUUCAGAGUGAUACUACACACUCAUACACACACAGAUACACGCACACACCCAGAUACACACUCUGUCAUUCUACCACCACCAUGCUUUACACCCCGACGCAUUCAGACUCCCCCUACCGGUGUUCUGAAACUCAACACGAUAGAGCGAUGGGGAGAAGCAGAGGGGGGGGAACACCGAGCUCUCGCUCCUCCAUCCGCACUCCUCCAUCCGCACUCACUGUCCUCCGCGAUGUAGACGCUCGACUUGAGGAUUUGCUCCGCCUCUCUAACUGGUUUUUGUGUCGCCGCCCAUCGUGAGCAGUUAACAGUAUCUGGAAGAAUUUUUCUCUUUCCUCUUUUCAUUCUCACCCUGUUUCAAGAAGCGAAUGAUAAGGUGUGUGUGUGUGUGAGUGUGUGUUUUCAUGUAGGAAUCCUUUCUGAUGGACUGAUGUUACUGGUUAGCAUUACUCUCAGAGACAGAUUUUCACAGAGCACGCUCUUUUCUGUGUCAGGAUGGGGUUGGGUGGGGUGUUUGGGGCGGGGCCAGAUGCGAUCGACAUGAAAUGUUUUACCUGGAGAUUUAUAGAAAGGGGUGUGGCUUAUGUAGCAGUAUGGCAGACCCUAUUGGACCAGGGAGGGUUUGAGGGCAGGGUUUGAGCUUUGCAGUGACAUUUUGUAUUUAUAUAUCCCUAUACUUUAUCUAUUGUAAGUGAGAUUAAUCUCUUUUUGAUUUCUCAACCCCUCCCCCCCCACCCCCCUUCCUCAGAUGACUUCACUGUGCAAUUAUUUGUGCGCCCCUCUGGUACAGUUCGUCCCCUGUCUUUAGCUGUAAUCGGUGCUUUAGGCAAGAUCAUAAAAAAAAGUGUUGCUUUUAGUGUUGAGGUGACAUUUGUGGCAGGCUCCAUGUUUGCAUCAGUACUAUAAGUGAACUUGUGUUUGUUUGUUUGUUUUUAAAUGCUGUCUGAAACGCACUGGACAGCAGGGGAAAAC